AUGAACGUCCACAAACUCUGGGAAUAUAAAGAAUAUGUAAACGUGAAUGGAUUUAUGUUAACAAAUGAGCUGAUAACGUUAUUGCAAAAUUCCCUCACAGUGUUGCAAGUCGAGAACCAUUUCACCCACAUCCAGUACUGGGGAAAAAUUUAUGCAGUCGACGCUGACUACCAUGUAGCCGUUGGUAUCCAUAAAGAUGCUAUAGACGACCGCAAGUAUUAUUAUUCAACAGACUUUAAAUUUUGGGGGCUUUUACCGAAAGCAAAAAAGAAAUACAAACACCUCGCCCUUCUGACAUCAUUCCCGUUCAGAGGUGAUCCUUCCUUGAAAAUAAAAGUUCUUGACGAAGCAUUGGAGGAGCACAAUCCCGAUAGAUGUCAGUUCAUGCAAGAGGAGAAACGCCUAGCGGCUACCAUUAGUAAUAUUUGUGAUGAGGCCGAAAUAUGCGCGCGUGGACAAUUGAUAAAGCAACCAGAUGGCACGGUAGUAAUUAACCCAAACUUUUACGGAUUAACAAGUGCAGAAUCGAAGUUGCUGAAAUCUUAUUUACAUAUCCGACCAGCGCAACAACGCUGGAAUUCUAACUUACUAACAAGGCAAGAUUAUAACUACAGCAUGGAUUUCCUUGACUCAAUCGACCAGGAUAUACCAAAUGGUUGUUGGAAUCUAUCCUUGGAACAGUGUGGCAGUGUUGCUUACUUGAAAAGUUUGUAUUGGCCGGGAAUGUCAUAUUUUCACAAAAUAAAAACUCCAGAAGCGGGAUUCUUGUACGUUGGUAAUGGGAAAAAGAAUUUAGAUGUACCCUUUCUGCUUUGA